UCGAGACCGUGCCGUUAAAGCUACCAUGUAAUGUUUACUUCUUUGGAACAACGGCGUGUCCUGCUUGGUUAACAGUGUUGGAGAUCGCAGAUGCGGUAUCUAAUGUCGUGUAAAUCACAUUUUCCCUGCGAGACAUUCGUUAAAACGGAAUCCUAUUUGCAUCGGGAGUAUUAGUGGUUCAUCCUGCGGUCCGUGUUCAUGAUGGCGAUGUUCCGCAGUUUUGUGUCUGCUGCUCAGCUCAGGCAGCAUCAGCAGCAAAAUGGAGCCGCUGCAGCCGCACCUGGGGAAAGCCUGGAGAGCCAGUUCUCCUGUCCCAUCUGUCUGGAGGUGUACCACAAACCUGUCAGCAUCGCAAGCUGCGCCCAUACUUUCUGUGGGGACUGUCUACAGCCGUGUCUGCAGGUGACGUCGCCUCUCUGUCCACUCUGCCGCAUGCCUUUCGAUCCAAAGAAAGUGGACAAAUCCUCCAGCGUGGAGAAGCAGCUCUCUUCAUAUAAGGCACCAUGUAGAGGGUGCAGCAAAAAGGUCACCCUGGUCAAAAUGCGGUCGCAUAUUUCAUCUUGCACAAAGGUUCAGGAACAGAUGGCCAAUUGCCCAAAGUUCAUGCCUGUGGUCCCCACCUCACAACCCAUUCCCAGCAAUAUUCCAAACCGUUCCACAUUUGUGUGCCCGUACUGUGGUGCUCGCAACUUGGACCAACAGGAACUAGUGAAGCACUGCAUGGAGAACCAUCGCAAUGACCCCAACAAAGUGGUAUGUCCAGUAUGUUCAGCUAUGCCUUGGGGUGACCCCAGCUAUAAGAGCUCAAACUUCCUGCAGCAUCUUCUACACCGGCACAAAUUCUCCUAUGAUACAUUUGUGGACUACAGUAUUGAUGAGGAGGCAGCACUGCAGGCAGCACUGACCCUCUCACUGUCUGAGAACUGAGAGUCUGACAUGUAUUCUGUUCCACAAACACAGUCAUGUGAAGGAUCUUCUCACCUGUCUUGUUUUAGGCUAAAUAUUUUCAUUGUUCCUCUGUUUUCCUCUCACUCUACCUCUCUUUUGGUCUGUAUUUCUGAGCUACACUCAAGCUAGGUCCUGAAGUAGCUCUACAGCUUUGGUUGCCAGUUUGCAUAACUUGUGAGCAAGGUUGUCACUUCCUGAAUUUGAAGGGGAGGAACUUAGGGUUGCUUAUCAUCAUCAUCAUCAUCAUCAUCAUCAUCAUUAUCGUAACCGUCAAAACAUCAACCAACAAAACAUUGAUGUAUGCAAAAAGUCAGACAAAGGAAUAGAUAAAUAUACCCAUGCUUGUUCUUGUUGUUCUUCCUAUUGUUUUCUAUCCAAAUGUGACAUAGACCCCAGCAGUGAAGUGUAAAUCAGUACAGAGGGAUCAGCGGUCUAAACAGUGCGUCAUGUUAAAGCAAAGCUGAAAAGUGAACUAUGUUGGGGUUGGCUGUCCUCGUGAUGAACUCUCAUCUUUAGGCAAUACCUAUAGAGAAUAGAGAGAAUGAGAAAUUGAUCUUCAGCAUCCUCAUUAUCACUCAUUUCAUCAUUUAUGGAAUGCGGAAAACCAUCUGCCCUUUUUCAAUCAAGAGUUGAUGUGAAUACUUGCACUCGUCACAGUUUUCUACAUGUCUGAAUUCUAGUAUCGUUGUUCUUUUAUAGUUCAAUAACAGAAUAUUGACCGACAGGACUGCAUACUGCUCUUAACUUGCUACAGUAAUAUUUUCUAAGAAGCGUCAGCUAAGAUUAAAAUUUAUAUUUUUGGAAAAAAGUUUCAGUUUUAAAUGGUGCACUAAUAAUAAGACGGCAAGCCUCUAGAGGUGUGCUGAAACGUUUUAUCUUUUAAUGUAUCCAUUGGUACUGUUCAUCUGUAUCACUCAAUAGUGCUGACUUCAAGUCCUUUGGGAGAUUUUUAUUUACGAUUUCCGUAAUCUUAAUUAUGAUGUGACGUGAAUUCAAGCGAUUUGGUCGGAAUAAGAUGGAUUCAUUGGGAAAGUUUCUUUCUCCCUCGAUCAUUUCUUGAUAAAACAUUGGAAGCUUUUUAGCACAUAUUUGACCGUUCUUGUGCUGCCACAGAAAAUGAUGUGAAACUUUUGCACACUUAAAUAUCACCGUUUGGCCCAGGAUUGGUUUAUUAGCAUGGUCUACUUAGCCCACUAGUCGAAUUUACACCCUCUGCUUUUUAAAAGCUCCCUUUUCCAUUCAAAAUUAUGAUGUGAAUUUAUUUUCACAGCUGCAUUGUAUUAUGAUCAAUACCAGCUUCCGUCACAAUUCUUGUAUUGACAGGCAUGUCCACUAAAUACAAUUAUUCCAAUGUGACUUGAAAGCAGCAUUAAUAUGGAGAAACUUGAGAACAUCCUAAAAGGAAGUGGAAGAGUGUGUAGUUGUACACUUUGGCCACAAAGUCGUUCAGAGCGCAUACUCAAUUUUUUGUCUUUUACUACUACUGGUAGGUUUUCUGUGCUUUGUAAGUGUUGAAUCCAAGCCAAUGUACAGUGUUAAGGAGCACUGAUGUUUAGAGGAGCACUGGUGUGAUGGGGCUAGGCAUGAGGGAUCGGAAUCUAAUAUCCCUGCUUUGCAGUCAUACCUAACCAACACCUUGAGUUGACCGUUAUGAGAGAAACAUACUCUACACAGGUACACAAAUGUGAAUGCCAAAGCAUAGCGCAAAGUCAACGGUUUUUGUUUUCCUUUCUCUUACAGUAUUUACAACCAAACAAUGUAUUAAGAUAUGUAAAACCAAACAUGUCUCCCAGGAAUGUCGGUGUUAUUACAGUGUAAUAACUGUAGCGUUACCAAACCACAGUACUCAGAAUGCGAUAGUCACCUUCAAAUUUCUGUGAUAUUAAACUGGAUGCAUUUUUAAGUGGCUAGCUAUAAACAGAUUCUUGUCAAACUGUUGUUUUGCCAUGACCAUACUUGACACAAAAGAAAACUGCCUCUAUAGAAAACAGUUUAUGCUAAUGUCUGCUAUAUUACAGGAUUGCUGUGAAUAGAUACUUAUGUUAUGAAUUGCGUUCUGACACAUUUUGGAAUAGAAUCAGCUAGAAUCAUUUGCAUUUAUGUACCUGCAUAGUGUAUGUUGCAGAUCUACGAUGAUGUGCUCCAAGCUUCUGAGUUUCUGUGGUGCGCUUAGUUUGGCAGAUUUGUUUGAUGCUGGCGCAUCAUUACGCAUUUGAUGUAGAUCUGAUAACUUUGCCAGAUGUAGUGGUUUUGAUAUAUUUAGAGCCAAUCUUGGCAAAAAAAAAGAAAAAAGCGGAAGACCGUUAGGGCCGUUUGGAAACAUUUGUUUUUAAAGUUACACAUUUUUUUUUAGAAUAAGAUGAUGUUUCAAUUUGAUUCAUUUCUGUGUUGACGAGUGUUUGUUUAAUCUGUCGCAAUAGAGCUGUUGUGUUUAUCUCCAUUUUGUGAAUUAUUGUUAUUUUAGCAAGGUUAAGCGUGUCACAAUCAUUCAAUCAUUGUCUAAUCUGAAACUCAGUGGCCAGGAAUGAAAUCGGUUUGAUUUCUGUAAAGGUCUGCAGCAUGAGAGUGACUCUCCAUGACUUGGAAGAAAGGAGCAUUUAUGAACUUGUGUGAUGUGAAAAGUCAUUUGCUUCCAUAAAUAUCUUGCUGUCAGUUUCUAAUCAUUUAGAAAGUUUAAUGUGUAAUCACUUAGAGUGAUCUUUCCUGUAUGGUUUUCUUAAAAGCCAUAGUAGUUUGUAUUGAUUUAUUUAAGAAUUAACACUGUGUCCUAAUGGCAUGACAAAAUCUUCCAUGCAAAUCAGAGUUUUUGUCCUUGCAGCUUGGAUUCAUUUGAAGUUACAAGCAUUUUCACGAUUUUGUCUCAUUAGUAAUUCUGUUCUGAGUGUGAAUAAUCAUCUAAUUUGUUCUGAUUUGCUUUGUGUUUUUGCAUUUUCACUUUCAGUAUGGACAAACAAAUUACAGUACAUCUCUGGAAAUUUGUCAUAUCUCUUUGGGACACAGUGUUGGAUGUCAUUUGUCUUUUGAUGUACAUUUGUACCGAAUACAGGGCCAUUUAUAAUUGUGUAAGGCCCUCUGGGGAAUGUUGGAAUGUCCUUGUUGGUAUUUAUUAAGGGGCCUGUUAAGAGGCUUAUACAUUCAUAGUAUAAGUGAUCACUUUUUUCUUUUUUUUUUGGUUAGUUUGUAAAUAAAAUGGCAAGACUGCCACAUUUUUUUGUGGCUUAUGUUGACAUUUGGAUUAAGGUGCAAUCACCUUUUCUGCUAAGAAGCAUGUUAAAAACAUUGCACUUUAAUUAAGUCAAAUGUCUUUUGAUGAUUGAGUAGGAAUUUUGUUCCAGUUAUUUAACUGCCAAAUGUGUUUUACAAGAGGCAGAUAAUUUGUCAUGUCAUUGUUAUGUGAACAGGGUAGGUCAGGUAAAAAAAAACAAAAAAAAAAAACAUCAAACAUUUUCAGAAAUGCAGUCACUUUUCAGAAAUUGGUAAUAUUGUAUUAUUAUUUGCAAAAGCAUGAUGGCAAAAAAAGUCCUCACACUAGUAAAAACUAAGCAGAAAUAAUUUUUCAAUAGUUUCCAAACAAGAAUUGCCUACUAAAAAUGUUUUCAUUGUAUUUGAUGGCAAUGUGUUUUUCAUUGGCUUCUUUUGAGGUUUUACAUGGUGUCAGUAUUUUUGGUCUUGUUUUGAAAGUUUAAGAUGAAAUUGAAGAGUAGAGAAAGUAGAAAAAGACAACCGAGUUUCCCAGUAUCCUAAUGUUUUUACUCAAUAAUGAUGUUGUUUUUUUAAGUGUCUAAAUAUAGUGCUCAAACAAUAUUCAUGUGCACAGCUGUAGCAUAGUAUGUAAUUUUUUUUUUUUUUUUAAGUGAAACUUUUGAUAUUGUACAACACAGCUCUCCAGUUCUGAUACCUUUGAGAAUGACCUUAAAAUGUAUAUUUUUCACUCUUUUUGUAUUGUAACAUCAAUGCAUACUGUCACAGAUAAACAUAGAGAACUUCUGCAUUUCUUAUAUUGGUUGACGGCUAUCCACCAGAACAACAUAAACAACCAACGGAUGGCUCACGGUUUGUCUAUAUAUGAAACUUAAUGAAUGGCCAAGGACUCAUUAGAGUACAGUGGCUCAGAACUGUAGUAACAUCUUUUUAUUACUGGACCAGUAAACACUGGAUGCUUGAGGAUGAAACGUGGCGAACUCAUGGACAUGUGAUGGACUCAGUGCUCAAGAAUAAUGUUACUGAAUGCACCCGCACGGCGGCGGCUGUCCAGGAAACUCUACUGAGAAGCUGUGUUUUGUGCUGCCGUAGGCAGAGGGCGCCACAGCCUCUCAGGUGCCUCCAGUGAUCCGGUGGCUGCAGGACCGGCAUUUGUGUGUUUGCUCGGUGUGAUUAUGCAUUCACGACUAUGAAUAAUAAUGAGAUAAUAGUAAUAACAUUGCUGAUGUUAAUGAUGGUGUGCAUUUUUGAAGCUGUAAUACUGACUGAGGUUUAAUAAGAUACUUACACAGUGUAUUUGUAGCAGUUUUCCCCUUAAUAAAAACACAGAUGCACCCAUCUUUAAUGGCAUUAUCCUUUGGUGUGUUAACCGUUUUUCCACAAACAAUUUGGAGGAAUGAAAGAGAUCCUUGGUUUUUAAAAAGUGUAAAUAUUCUGACCCAGCUUGAAUAUGGAAUUAUAUGUUUAUAAACUGUGCCACAUUACCCAAUGUUCCAAAACAGCUUUUAUCACCCUAUUAUAUCCCCUGCAGAGCCAGUUUCAGCAGUUGUUACAGCCUUGCAAAGUGCUAAUAGUUAUUUAAUAUGUAUUAUGGCAAACUUUUCACUGUAAGUGUAAAAUUUAUAGUUUGAACUCACUUUAUAGUAAACUCACUUUUUAGGUGAUGGUAGGAUCACUUUUUUUCCCAUCUGCCUUCUAAGAAAUUAUUCAAUGCAAAAUGGCAAAUAGCAGUCUAAACUCAGCAAAUAUUAUAUUACUUAAAGUUAAUUAUUCUCAUGCUUUUUUUUUUUUUUUUUGGAAAACAGUUGUAUUUAUUGCAUUUAUGUUUGAUUUAAUAGGUAAUACUUUGCAAUUAAUUUCGAUUUCCAUUAGGCAAAAUAUGAACCAGGGUUAUUAAAAAAAACUAAAUCAUAAAAAAUGUUAAAGGAGUCAUCGAAUGCAAAAUUCACUUUUACAUGUUGUUUGAACAUAAAUGUGUGUUGGCAGUGUUUUUUUUUUGUUGUUGUUGUUUGUUUGUUUUUUUUAAUCCCUAUAAAUAAUAUCCCCUUUCUCAAAUCAAGCCGU